AUGGAAGCGCAAUUUGAUGGUACGAUCUCGAUGCAGAGAAUGGGCAGUUUUGAUGAGAUCUACACAGAUUUCGAUAGUUGGGUGACAAAGUUCGACAAAUACGUCAGGAGAAGGUCAAGUUACUUCAAGGCGGAAGUAAAUAAAGACGAAUUCAAAGCAUUAAGACUGCAAGUACAAGAGCACGUCAAUAUUUUUAUAAUCGGCCUUUUACAAAAAGUACAAGCCGAAAGACGCGCGGAACACGAAAACCAAAAUGAAGGCUGCAAACUUGGCGCGCUGGCGCAUUCAGACUUCGUUUAUUACAGAUUAUUAAGCCAUUAUAAUUUAGACAAUAUACGAUCAAAACUUUAUUUUUUAACUUUAUUUCACACCUGCGUUGUUCUAAUCCCCGAAUUAAACUAA